UUUGCCCGCGGGAGCGUUGGCGUUCUGCGGGGCCGUUAACCCGCCAGGCGCCGUGUGUAGCACCCAGCAGGGCCCCUUCCGCGUGCCCUUGUCCCGUAACACGGGGAGCCAAAGCUUUGAAGUACAGCAAAGAAGUGAAAUCCAUUGAGAAUAGUCUGUAAAGGUCAUGAUGAAUGAUGGCUACAGAGUUUACUACUGAGAAGAGGGCACCAAGUCAUAGUCUGUUUUACAGUUUACAGUCACAUGAGUGACCCGAUUAGGAGGAACUGGCAGGAGUCGGACCACGCGCAGCCUCAGAAACGGUGCAAAGGGCAUGCGACACCGCUGCACAUGCGUGGUCUGGCUAAACCACGGCUGAUGAAUCUCCGACCUGCGGUGCCAGGACAAGCUCGACACCUACGGUGGAGCACCCAUGGGGAUACACACCUCGAAGAACCGUUGUUACUGCACAUGGAUAUGUGUGUGUAAACCUUAAUCAACAUGGCUUUGUCAACUACAGGAUCAGCAUAUAAUAUUAAUAGACCAGUAUCUGAAAUUCCACCUGCCCCCUGUUUCUGCUGUGGAGGAGCGUAUGUGUUGCAUUUAUGAUGGGCUUGUGGGAACCUAAAGCUAUGAUAUGACUCCGAGGCGGUCUUGAGUAACUGGCGGGGGGCCGGACUGCGCGAGACAGAAAAUAGCACGAGAGCAGCGAGCCCUUGGCACAUUCGUGAUCCGGCCAAACACUGCUCAUCACAAUCUUCCGUCUGCGGCGCUGGUGCAAGCCCAGCACCCAUAGUGGAGCACCCGUGGGGACACCACGUCGAAGAACAACACUUACUGCACCGAAGGUAUCCCGGAAGAGGUGGGCUAGACAAGGCAUUUGAAGAAGAGACGAAGCCUUCGUUAAGAUCCUGAAUAUCGGGAUUGAGCAUGUCGUUCCGAUUUGGACAGCACCUCAUCAAACCCUCUGUGGUGUUUCUGAAGACCGAUUUGUCCUUCGCUCUUGUAAACAGGAAGCCCGUGGUCCCUGGGCAUGUGCUUGUCUGCCCGCUCCGGCCCGUGGAGCGUUUCCGCGACCUGCGUCCUGAAGAAGUGGCUGAUUUGUUUCACACGACACAACAGGUUGGAAAUGUGGUGGAGAAACAUUUCUGUGGCACUUCGCUCACCAUUUCGAUUCAGGAUGGUCCUGAAGCUGGGCAAACUGUGAAGCACGUGCAUGUCCAUGUACUCCCGAGGAAGGCUGGAGACUUCAGCAGAAAUGACAGUGUCUACGAUGAGCUGGAGCAUCACGACAAAGGCGAGGAGGACUCCCCUGCCAAGUGGAGGUCGGAGGAGGAAAUGGCAGCGGAAGCAGCCAGCCUUAAGCAAUAUUUCCAGUGAAAUCCAAGGUGAGCCAGAACUGGAACAAAUCCUGAAGCACAAGAAAACCCAGAAUGGGACUCAUCUUCCCGUGUGGCCAUGGCGUUGGGCCUGCAGCUACUCAGAUUCUGUGACAUUCAAACCACGGGAUUUUUCCAUGAGCCACGUAGAGCUGGAGUUUGCCGUGGUCGAACUUCAAUGAAGAUGACUGACAGACGGGAUUCAAAACAACCUGUUGCCUAGUGGCUCAUAUUUUGUGAAUGUGCUUGCGAGGGAAUCUUUUAAAAUUGGCCUUUGGCCCAAACUGAAAUUAAAUAGUAGCAGCAGUAUGCGUCUGGUAUGACCUGUUACAUUAUACAUUUGCUCCAU